CCUGCGCGGUAAAUUUUCAAUCCGCUUAUCGCAUCAUCUCCAGGCUGUGGGUUCGGGAUCAGGCCGGGAUGGCUGUAUGAGCCCCGGGGCUUAACUCCUCAUCGCCGGCAGGGAUCCUCCACACUCCGCGCUUCAGCUUAACACAGCGGAGAACCAGCGAUGACUAUGGACGUGAGCGCCGUGAUAGAGCAGAUGGAGACGGGCGAGCAGGACGCUGCGUUAGCCGCCUUACAGAGAUACAACCAGGAGAAAAGCCAGUGCUUCUCUUUCCCCUCAGAGGAGCAGCAGGACCGAGAGACUGGAGAGUUAAAACAGCGCUUGGGGAAGCUGGUUCUUGGUUUUUUGGAGCGCGACCUGCAGCCAUCCUGUAAGCUGGCCUGCCUGGAGACCAUCCGCAUUCUGUCCCGGGACAAAAACAGCCUGGCUCCAUUCUCCAGCCGCCAUGCCAUCCAGACACUGGCCCGGCACGCGGCUAUCAGCCUGGGGCAGGGCAGCAGUACGCCGGAGAUGCCGGAUGUGGAGGUGAUUGUAGAGGCUCUGAAGUGUCUGUGUAACCUGGUGUUUAACAGCAGUGAGGCACAGGAGGCAGCGGCACAGCUGCAGCUGAUGUUUGGUGUGGCCGAGAGGCUGAAGCAGUGCCGAGAACCGCAGUGGAACCAUGAUGUCCGAUUUUUUGACCUCCGCUUGACCUUCCUGCUGACGGCGCUGCGUGUGGAUGUACGCACACAGCUGGCCCACGAGCUCCGGGGAGCUGCUCUGCUUGCCGAUGCGCUGGAUGCCACGCUGGGGCUGUGUUGGUUGGACACGUAUGAGGUGGCCCGAGCCGGAGAGGAAGGGCAGAGUGAAGUCUCUCCACUCGGGAGGAUGGAGACGGAGAGAGCCAUGGAGAUCCUGAAGAUCCUCUUUAACAUUACCUUCGACACCAGCCGCCGCAAAGUGGACGAGGAGGAAGCAGCAAUCUAUAGGCACCUAGGAGCCAUACUGAGACACAGCCUAAUGAGCACAGCGGAGGGAGAGGAUCGCACUGAGGAGUUUCACAGUCACACAGUGAAUCUGCUGGGGAAUCUUCCUCUGCCUUGUUUGGACGUGUUGCUGAUGCCUAAAGUGCAGCAGGGCUCUAUUGAGUACAUGGGGGUCAACAUGGAUGCUGUGAGCAUGCUGCUGGAGUUUAUGGAGAAAAGACUGGACAGGGGUAACAAACUGAAGGAGACGCUGCUGCCCUCUCUCAGCCUGCUGACUGAGAGCGCCCGCAUCCACAGAGAGACCCGCAAAUUCUUACGGACAAAAGUGCUUCCUCCACUGCGAGAUGUGAAAAAUAAGCCAGAGGUGGGGAGCUCUCUCCGAAAUAAACUGGUGCGUCUGAUGACCCACAUCGACACAGACGUGAAAACCUGCGCUGCAGAGUUCCUCUUUGUUCUGUGCAAAGAAAGUGUAUCUCGAUUCAUUAAGUACACGGGUUACGGUAACGCUGCUGGACUGUUGGCCGCUCGUGGGCUGAUGAGGGGUGGCUGGGAGCCGGGGCAUUACUCAGAGGAUGAGGACAGCGACACGGAGGAAUACAGAGAGGCCAAACCACAUAUUAACCCUGUAACCGGCCGUGUGGAGGAUGAGCAGCCGAACCCUAUGGAAGGGAUGACGGAAGAGCAAAAGGAGUACGAGGCCAUGAAGCUCGUCAACAUGUUCGACAAACUCUCCCGGGAUCACGUCAUUCAGCCUAUGAAGCUUGGAGCAGACGGCAAGAUGACCAAGCUGGAGCCGCACGAUCUGCACUGUUUGUCCCAGCAGCCCUUCAUCAACCCCCACCAAAAUGAGGAGGAGGAGGAGCGGGAGGGAGAGCACUCAGACUGAUCACCUCACUGAGCACUCGAUUGCAGGCUGAUGAUGUUAUCAAGCUGUAAGAAGAGUAGGUUGGAGAAUACAAUCACAUAGACACAGCAGCUCUGUAGAUAAAACGGAAGAAGGAAAACUAAUAUGCUGUCUGCCACACUGUAUAUGCAUGGUUUUCCUCUUAAUGGAACACGCAGACACAGAUACACACACACACAGAUACACCAGGUUAUUACUAUCUGCAUUUUCUAUAUCAACAUCUCUGUUCUGAUUGGUAUAGUUUUUAAAUCUGCUGGCUGUUUCUGGUCUGGUCUCGGUACAGCUCUUAUGUGAUACAUUUCCAUUAGAACCCUGCAUGACAUCUCCAAGAAGCAGUGGAUGGUGAAGAAAUGUAGGUUAUGUUCACAUUACAGUCUGUAAAAUUCAGAGUUCUUUAUUGACACACAAUGCUGGUGUUUAGAUGUGAUCCAGCUCUGUGCAUAAAUGUACACUCAGAAUUGGCUGCAUGAUUACAGUGCUUGCAUGUUUCUUCAACUCAUAUCACUUCCUGUGUUUACUAUUCAAAAUGUAAUCAGAAAAACACUUCACAUACAACAACUGGGCACUUCAUUAAAAUCCCUUUCUUGUUUGUAUACUCAUUGUCCAUAGAUUUUUUUUUUCAUUUCCACUGACUAAAUAAGUUUACAUGUUCAGGUGUUCAGGACCAUACAGGAAUUAAUUUGGUGGUGGAACUUUCUCAGUGCUGCAGUGACACUGGCAUGGUGAUAAUGUGACCUAACUGGUCCGCCUUGCAGAUAAAGUAAAGUCAGAGACAGAAGCUCUGAAUCUGUUGCUCCACAGUUUUUGUUGGUCAUAUUUUAGUCCUUCAUCAGUCCUCACUGGAUGCUGCCCAUGUCAUGAAGCUAGCUGGAUAUUUUUGGUCGAUGGCUAUUCUCAGACCAGGAGUGACACUGAGGUGUUUGUCUGAUCCCCUUAAACCAGCACAACCUACACUUACACCUCUUACAACAUCACCAUGCCACUGCACUGCUGAGAAUGAGACACCACCCAAAUAAUAAUAAUAAUAAUAAUAAUAAUAAUAAUAAUAAUAAUAAUAGUAAUAAUAAUAAUAAUAACAAUAAUAAUAAUUGCUGCUCUGUGGUGGCCCUGUGGGUUCCUGACCUAAAGAAAAAAUAGUGGUACUAUAUAUUAAGUUAAGCUAAUAAUUAAGAAACAAUGGGGAGGUUUUAUUGAAGUGGCCAGUUAGUGUAGAUCAGCUAUUGCUUAUCUAACAAAAACUGGAACGGUUCAUGCGAACUAUGCUGAAGAUUUGUUGCAGAAGUAUACAUUAGCCUUAACACUGUUAAUACACCGCUGCCACCUACUGGGCAUUGAUAAACAUUGGUAAACAUGCCUUAAAUAUUAGUCAAUAAUGAAAUUGAAUAUUAUGUUUGCUUUUGGGUGUAUCCAAUUCCAAAAAGCAGAGAUAUACAAAAAUAAAUACAUCACAUGAUUUGUUCAGGUAUAGACAAAACAAACCAAUUGAAAUAAAUAAAUAACUAUAUAUUUGUGUCUAGACAAAUAAAAAAUCAGAUCUGGGCUACCUCAGCCCUGUAUUGUGAACAUAGCCUCAUUUUUCUUCUUCUGAUAAUAGAGGUGGAUAUGUUCUUCUGAGUGCCAGACACAAUUUUAAGCUCUGUUUUAGUUCUGAAUGAUGUGUCGUAUGCUGCUGUAAUUAUAUUUAUUUCUUCACCCUGGGCUUUAGUAACAGCUAAAGCAUAGAAAUCUGUAAUAUUAAUAGUGUACUGACACCACAUGGUGUUUCAUAGCAGCAUUUUAUUUCUGGUUUACCUGCUCUUGUUAACUCUUCUGUGCUUCUGGAAAAUUAUCUGAGUAAAAAACAAUUUUACUUUUCAGUAAAUAUAGUGAUUUUUGUUAUAUGCUGAACAGACAAAUUGAUCUACAUUGUGAUGUUCUUUAUGUAAUUUGUAUUAUGCUGUAAUAAUGUUAUAAGAACUUUUGUUGUGAAAUUAAUGACAAAAUAAAGACAGCUGAAUUUU